CACCGUCGCCACGGCGACGGUUUCCAUCCUGGUGUGUUUACUGUCAGAGUUCAGCCUCAGCCCUGAGAAAUGAACAAAGGCUGACAUUGUCUGGAUGACGCUCUGUACUCAGAAUAUUAGCCAGACGACCUGUCUAAACCUAAAAAAAGGCCCAGACCAUUUAGCAGGGUUUUUAGGAAUUAGGAAAUUGUGUUUGUGGGAACUUGUAUGACUUUUGAGUUGUUCAGUUCCAGAUGUUUGAAAUACCAGACUGAAUCAUUGUCUCCCAUCAUUUUAAAGACUUAUUAGUCAUAUCCAUGUCAACAAUUCCCCCAUUAAUUAAAGCUUCACUACUUCUGUUUAUGUUCAUGUUCAUGUUUAACCACCUAAUCUUUUCACCAUGUGAACAUUAGCUUUCUCACUUGCUAAACAGUUUUUGUGCACGCUCCACUGCAGCGUUCAGGUGUGGCCAUGACUCACUAGGCGCAUGUUUUAUUUCUCAGAACUGCUGCACACGUACCCGCGGGUACGAGUCGCCUCUGGGCUGGGAACCACCGUUGCUCAUAUCAUGCUCAUAUAGUUUAAUGUGUCGUGAUGCGGGUGCACGGAGUUCAAAGUUGAUAAGGCGGCCUUUGAAUGAUGACGAAUCCCUUUCGUCGUCACACAUCUUGAGGAGCAGUUUUGUGUUUUAUUAACCUUGAUGCGAAGAAAGCUAUCGAGGGAUAAAGUUUUACGGCGCCUUUGGCAAACAGGCUGAUCAAAGCGUUCGCCGUCUACUGUACAGUUUUGAAUCCGUGUCCACUGAGACAACAAGGACACACAGACACCUACUGUCCCUCUUUGUACAGGAUGACUGGUUAUAUUCUUCAAAGGGGUCCCCUGUGGCAGCUCAUCUCAAACACUAAAGACCCGUCCAAAACACUAUUGACUCUUUUCCAUAAACACAACAAAACUAGUGACUGUAACAUUGUGCAGCAGAACUGGUGUCUGAAACCAAACCUGUCCCAGUCAAACCAGGAGAUGAAGAGAUCACUGCAUGGACUUUUUUUACUAUUAUUGAUAUAAUAACUUCUUCAGGGAGCUUGUCCUCCGUGAACAGAUGUUUAAUGUGGCAUGUGCUCUUAUAGCCACUGGUAGGAGCUGUGGGGUAAUAACACAAGCGCGAUUUGAUUCCCAGCACACUCCAACAUGUUGUAUGUGAGUGAGAACUGAGGGUGAGUGUAGUGAACGUCCCAUAUUUCAAAAUGCAUAUUUAUUUGCAUGCCUGAUGUGGAAGCCUGGUCUCCUGCUGGAGUGUCUUUCAGCAAGGCUUUUAAUCCUGCAGCGUGAACAAUUUUUUUUUUUUUUUUUUUUGCAAAGAGCCUCAUAAGGCGAUUAAAAUUAUAGGUGCAUUGCUCUGCUGGGUUAGAGUCUUAUUAUGUGAAGAAAAAAAAAAAUCAGAUGGAUAUAAACAUGGUAUUUGGUACACCCCGGUGCACGCAUUGUGCAUCCCCGGGACUCCUGUGGGUUAAUCUGAAAAACUGGAGGAAAAAAAAGAUCCCAGCGUCUUUAAAGUUUAUGUAGCAACAGAGGGAUUGUUGCGAUAAUGCCAUUGGGGCGGUAGAUCAGUUACUUCUGACGCUCCAAAGCCUCGGGGAGUUGGCUCAAGAUUGCUUGUCUUUGAUAAGGUCCUCACGCUGCAGCUGCAACUUCGUAAUCUGGGAAAACACUGUCAAAAAGGUGGCAAACGGCGCUCACGUCGGAAAACCGACCCAGCCACGCUUAAAGCUUGUUCCCUGCACAGAAUCUGCAGCUUAUCGGAGAAUCGCCGCGGCUGUUUUGUCUUUUUUUUCGCAGGCACAAAGCCGCUUUUGUUUGUUAUGCAGCUGCCAGGACCCGGCAGUCGGUUCCUCACUUUGAAGUGCGCUGCUCCAGCCUCGCAGUUCAGUUGGUGCUGGAGUCGCCUACGGGAGAGACUUACAGAGCGGCAUGGCAGCCUGAAACCAUAGGGAGGAGAAAAGGCGAGGGAGAAAAAAAAAGACGCAUUUUUUCCUCUCGGGUGCGUUUUUCCCUCCGCAAAGCGACCCGGACCCGAACGGACUGUACGCGGACGCGUCGAGGAGGCGAGGGCUGUGGAAUAUACGCGCUUUUGUGCGGUUGUUUUUGGUGGAUAACGAACCGCAAGCGGAGUUUGGAUUCGCGGGGAGAACUCGUGGAUCGAUGAGAGUCGACGGGCAGCCGGAGAGACGCCCCCCCCGCUGACUUGAGAGAGUGAGGAGAUUACAGCAGAAGCCGAGGAGGCGGUCGACAGACAGGCUCUCUCCCGCCGCCUCCACAGCCAUGAGCCGGGCGCUCGUGGACCCCGUCGCCAGCAGUUUCCGAGAAGAUGCCCCGCGACCCCCGGUGCCGGGGGAGGAGGGCGAGGCGCCCCGCUACCCCGGGAAGCUCGCGACGAUGAAGCCGGCGGAACCCCCCCGCUCGGUUCUGCUCGGCGCCCCGCGGACCUCCGCGAGGAGGAAUGAGGACGGUCUCGGGGAGCCGGAGGGGAGCGCGUCCCCGGAUUCCCCGCUCUCCCGGUGGACAAAGUCGCUGCACUCUCUGCUCGGGGACCAGGACGGCGCGCUUCUCUUCAGGACCUUCCUGGAGCGGGAGAAAUGCGUCGACACGCUGGACUUCUGGUUCGCGUGCAACGGCUUCCGGCAGAUGGACCUGAAGGAUACGAAAACGCAGAGAGUGGCCAAAGCCAUUUACAAGCGCUACAUUGAGAACAACAGCAUUGUGGCCAAACAGCUGAAGCCCGCGACUAAAACCUUCAUUCGGGAUAACAUCAAGAAGCAGCACAUUGACUCGGCGAUGUUCGACCAGGCGCAGACCGAGAUCCAAACCAACAUGGAGGAGAACUCCUACCAGAUGUUUCUGACCUCGGACAUUUACCUGGACUACGUCCGGACCGGGGGAGAGACCCCCACCCACGUGGCCUCCACGGGGCUGGGGGACCUGAAGGUGGUGUGUGGAUACCUGCCCACGCUCAACGAGGAGGAGGAGUGGAGCUGCGACUUCAGGGCCAAGGCGCUGGUCGGGCUGCCGGCCCGGACGCAGAGGGCGGCGUCCAUGAGGGCGGUGGACGUGAUGGAGAUGGGCUACAGGUCGUACAAGCGAGGCGACGCGCUGAGCUCCUGCCGCGCGGGCUCCUUCGCCCCCGUCAGCAGCACCAACGACAGCGAGGUGUCCAGCGACGCGCUGACCGACGACGCCAUGUCCCUGACUGACAGCAGCGUAGACGGCGUCCCUCCCUAUAAACUGGGCUCCAAGAAACAGCUCCAGAGAGAGAUGCAGCGCAACAUGAGGAUGAACAGCCAAGUGUCCCUGCCUGCUUUCCCCCGCACUCGCCGGCCUCCCAAAGAGAUGGUCCCCAUGCAACCGGCAGAGUUCGCAGCGCAACUGAUCGCCCGCCUCGAGAGCCUGAAGCGGGAGCAGGACACCAUGAGCUCUCUGGAGGAGAGGCUGCAGCAGAUCCAGGAGGAAGAGGAAAGAGAAGAUCUAGAGAUCACAGGAAGUGGUCCCCAGCUCUCCCCCCACCCCCUCACCCUCCUCUCCGGCUCCUCCGACGAGGACCCCCAGGCCAUCCUGGACGAACACCUCUCUCGCGUCCUGAAGACGCCCGGCUGCCAGUCCCCGGCCGUCGCCCGACACUCCCCUCGCUCCAGCUCCCCGGAGAACCGCCUCUUCCCUCGGCCGGCGGCCGGGGUCACGGCGCCGGCGAGGGCCGGGCCCUUCGGCCCCGACUCGGGCCCGUUCGCCCUCGCCGUCGUGAGCAGGCAGAGCACGAAGCACAUCCACCACCACUACAUCCACCACCACGCCGGUCCCAAGACCAAGGAGCAGAUCGAACGGGAGGCGGCGCUCAGGGUCCACGGCCUGUGCUCCGGCGGCGGCGACUGCCAGCCCACCUACCAGCGCAGCCGCAGCCUGGGCCGGGAGACGUGUGGGGCCGUGUCCACAGACAGCAUGGGACGCUCCAGCUCUCUGUCCAGACACGUGUGCCGCUCGGGGGCCGAGGACGGCGUCGCCGAGAGGUGCGCGGAGGACUGCGGGGCCCUUCAGCUGCCGAGCGACACCACGGACCCCACCGAGAACGUGUUGCAGUGGAUCCUGGGAAGCAAACGGCAGAGCAGGCACAAGUCUCACAGCACCCAGAGCACCAAAAAGCCCUUUGGCGCCUCCUCCACGCAGACACACACGUGGGGUGGAGGAGGAAGCUGCGGCCACCUCCGCAGCCACCAGCCGGCCCAGCCAUUCAUCCAAGACCCCGCCAUGCCCCCCCUGCCCCCUCCCAACACUUUGGCCCAGCUGGAGGAGGCCUGUCGCCGACUGGAAGAGGUCUCCACCAAGCCGGCCAAGCAAAGGCAUUCGAUGUCCAGUCUUCAGAGAGAUAAGAGCCAACCAGUGCCUAUCCAGGGUGGGGGGUCCAUUCCUCUGUCUCUGGUCAAUCCCAGCCCCCCCUGCCUCCUCACAAGCAGCCCCGGGCUCCAAUCAGAAGAGAUGAAGGAGUGCAAGAAGGGUUCAGGGGCGAGCGGUGGCGAGACGGUGGUGACAUAUUUCUUUUGCGGCGAGGAGAUUCCCUACCGGAGGACCAUGAAGAGCCACAGUCUCACCCUGGGCCACUUCAAGGAGCAGCUCCGUAAAAAGGGGAACUACAGGUACUACUUCAAGAAGGCCAGCGACGAGUUCGAGUGCGGCGCCGUGUUCGAGGAGGUGGCUGACGACAGCUCGUUGCUGCCCACGUACAAGGGCAAGAUCCUGGGCAAAGUGGAGCGGAUGGAGUGAGAGCCGCCGCCGCCGAGGAAUAAACUCCUAUGAACAAAAACACUUCACGCCUCUAUGGAUGUAUUCACGCAGAGAGUCUGUAGAACUGGAGACGCUGAAGCUGAGUCAUCGGCAGCCGGACUGGGUGAACUAUGGGGAAGGUGAAGGAAGGAGAACUGAUUGCUAUUACAGGACUAAAAAUCCACCAUGAAGUGAAGAAAUAAUAGACUGAAACAUCUCCAUGUUUCCGGAGGAGAGAACUCUAGAGACUCUAGGACGACCACUCGUCAAGGAAGUGGGGCAGUGGCUUUAAACCUGACCCUCUGUGGCCGCGGGCACUUGCUAGCACAUCACUAAUAUGUAUAUGCAGAUAUACAUGUGUGUUGCAUUGUAUUGUGAUGCUCAUAUUGCUGUGUGAAGAUUUUUUAUUGCUAUUUAUUGAAUAUAUAUCCCUGCCCCAACCACUUUAUUCUUCCAUGGACAAGCUGCUUGGAGAACGUCUCCAAUUUUCCACAUUCGUCACUUCUCCCCUCGCGCACCCCCCCCCCCCCCCCCCCCCCCCCCAGCGCCUCCGAGCUUCGGCUCUCCAGCGACGCAAAUGGUUUUAUUCACUUUUUUUAUUUUUUAUUUUUUUGGGCCCCUCGCGUUGAACCGCGAACGUCAGAAAUACCUCUCGGAAAGCGCCGCUCCUGUUGCCGGAGAUUUAGCGGGACGUCUCCUAUCUCUUUGGCCGGAGCGCUUACUGCUGAAACUUCAACAACGGCUCUCUGUAGCUUGAUGGCAUAUUUACUACUGCAGUGCUAUUUGUGGCCGCGUGUCCCCGUGUCCCCCGCCUGCUCCGAAGGGCCCUCGAGUGUACCAUGAAAUAGGAAUGAAAAUGCUAUUAAUGUUUAAUUCCCAGCUAGCCUUGAUCUGUUGCGCCUUAGUGCCUUUGUUUCCGUGGCGCAGGCAUCGCACAAAUAGCCUACGUAUUUACGAAGAGGAGUCUGUCGCAAGCAGGUCCCUCGAGUUCCCAAAAUGUGUUUACACCAAGAAUAUUAUCAAAAAUCUCUAUAAUGUGCUCCCCGACAUGCUUACCCGAGUGUGUGACUGAGUUCCUUUUUAGUUGUUGUGUGUGUGUAUUUGAAGCGAUGAUGAUGAUGAUGGUCAUCAUCAUGAUCAUGAUCUACACUAUGUCCACAGUGUUUUAAUUAAGUACAGUAGCUGUGCCUACAUGGAUUCUUGCCGUGUUUUACCCAGUUUUCAGGGUCCUGUUACUCCCUUGGUUUUUCAAGGGGCCUUUAUGUUAAAAAGAUAUUUUUAUGCCUUUUAGUAUCCGUUUCAUCAUGUUUAUGUUUUAUAAUAUUUUUCAUGGCUUCCUCGACUCCACUUGUAAACUGUAAAUUAUGCAUUCUAUAGAGAUCGGAUGAAAAGAUGCCUCGGUACUUUAAUUAUUGUAAUUAUGAAGAGAUGUAGCCUUUAUUAAAAUGUUCUAUUUUUCAAAUUAGCAAA